UCCACUAUGAGCUUGGGCACAUUCCCUCCCGAGCUCGAUGACCUCUUCAUCCAGCAUCUCAAGGGCGACGUCCCCUCCCUCGCAGCAUGUGGCCUGGUAAACAGGGGUUGGCUUGCGCUAAGCCGCCCACUCCUGUUUGGCGAAGUGGUGCUGCGCGACCAGAACUCUGGGUCUUUUGUUGAGCUGCUUGCCAGCUCGAAAUCCCUCACUUUUCUCCCGCACCUGCAUACACUAUCGAUAGCCCGGCCCGACACGGACCUUGACUCGGUGCACGCCUUCCGCAACUUGGUACCACAGCUGGCCGCGCUGUCGCGUGUACGCAAUCUUCGUCUCUUCUUCGUGUCUUGGGUCGGCGUGUCGGCUGAGACCUUUGACACGUUUGCCGCCGUCUUCUCGAAUCUUAGAAACCUGGCAGCAGUGUAUACUACCUUUGGCUCUCCCGCCGAUUUUACUGCGCUGGCCGGCCGACUGCCGCAUUUGGAGGAAGUCGCUGUGCAAGGGGCUUUCCUGACCGACGGUGACGACAGCGCUGCGCCACAUCUACCGCCACCCACAACCCUUACCGUCGUCCGGAUGAAGAUAUACUCCAAUGAUGGCAAUCCCUUUGGGCAUAUUGCGCGCUGGCUUGCUGCUGCUCCGCCAACGGCCUUCCGCACCCUCGAGGCCGGUACUCUCUGGCCUACAGCUUUACCAGCAGCUGGCGCACUGCUCGCCGCAGUUGGGCCCAACCUCCGGCAACUUGACUUCGCGCUGCUGAACCACGUUACUGAUGAGGAGGUGCGCACGUAUCUCCCGCUAGCGGCCCACGCGCCACAGCUUGCCGAUUUGACGCUGCACAUUGGCCUUCGCCGCUUCCACGCACCGACCCCGGGCCGCACCCGCCUGCACGCGCCAUGGGUACUGCUCGCAAGCGCAACGAACUCUCUUCAAACGCUGACGCUCGUUCUCACGAUUGAUUACAUGUACAUGCUCGACGCGCUCGACUGGGCACACCUCAAUGGGGAGCUCCGCCGGCUGGAAAGGCUGCAGAAGCUGUACUUCUUGGUGCACUGUCACAACACGGUCGCCGACUCGGAGAAACUCGUUCCGCCGAAUAUCCGGGGACGCAUGGACACUGAAGUCACAGUAAGGGUGAAGAUUGAUGUAGAGGUGGUGCUGUCUGCACGGAUGUUUACAAGGCUGCAUAAUUGA